AUGCUUCAGAGCUUAGUUCCUCAAUCCCCAAUAGGCGCCGCGAACCCUAACAAUAACCCUAGCUCCUCAUCUUCCUCCAUGAAGACCAAACGCGUCGACCGCGACCUCGCCGGCGGAGAAUCAUCCGGCGAAGACCCCUCCUUCACAAAGCGCCCCAAUUCCGGCCGGAAUUUCUCCCGCGAAAAAACCGCAGACGAGCGCGGGAAGGAGCCGGUCGCCGAGGGCGAGUCGGCCGGUCUUAGACUCCUCGGGCUUCUCCUACAAUGCGCCGAGUGCGUCGCCAUGGACAGCCUCGACGAAGCCAGCGAUCUCCUCCCGGAGAUCGCCGAGCUCUCCUCGCCGUUCGGAUCUUCACCGGAGCGAGUUGGCGCGUAUUUUGCGCACGCGCUUCAGACGCGCGUGAUCAGCUCCUGCUUAGGCACCUACUCUCCCCUCACCACCAAAACCCUAACCUUAGCUCAGUCCCAGCGGAUCUUCAACGCUCUGCAAUCCUACAACUCCAUCAGUCCUCUAGUCAAAUUCUCUCACUUCACGUCCAACCAAGCCAUCUUCCAGGCCUUGGACGGCGAGGAUCACGUCCACGUCAUCGAUUUGGAUAUAAUGCAAGGCCUCCAGUGGCCAGGAUUGUUCCACAUCUUAGCCUCGCGGUCGAAGAAGAUCCGAUCAAUGCGGAUAACCGGGUUCGGAUCCUCGUCGGAGCUUCUUGAGUCGACCGGGCGGAGACUCGCCGAUUUCGCGAGCUCGCUCGGCCUUCCCUUCGAGUUCCGGCCCCUGGAGGGCAAAAUCGGAAGCAUCACCGAGCUGAGUCAACUUGGAGUGAGACCGGACGAGGCCACAGUGGUCCACUGGAUGCACCAUUGUCUGUAUGACGUCACCGGCAGUGAUUUGGCGACGCUGAGAUUGCUGGGCUCGCUGAGACCGAAGCUGAUCACGAUCGCCGAGCAGGACCUGAGCCAUAGCGGAAGCUUCUUGGGGAGGUUCGUGGAGGCCUUGCAUUACUACAGUGCGCUGUUUGACGCGCUUGGGGAUGGAUUGGGAGCGGACAGCCUAGAGAGGCAUAUGGUGGAGCAGCAGCUGUUUGGCUGCGAGAUUAGGAAUAUUCUAGCCGUGGGUGGGCCCAAGAGGACCGGGGAGGUGAAGGUGGAGAGGUGGGGGGAUGAGUUGAAGCGGGUCGGGUUUCGGCCCGUUUCGCUUGGCGGGAACCCGGCGGCCCAGGCAAGCUUGCUGCUUGGGAUGUUUCCCUGGAAAGGAUACACCUUGGUUGAGGAAAAUGGGUGCUUGAAGUUGGGUUGGAAGGACCUCUCCUUGCUUACAGCCUCUGCUUGGCAGCCGUUGGAUUGA